UGGUGCCAUUUUUCUAACACCAUUUGCUCACUUUGUGUCUGGCUCACAUUUUGUUAAUUCUCACAAUAUUUUGCACCUUAUUAUUGUAUUUGUUAUGGUGAUCAGUGACCUUUGAUGUUACUACUGUGAUUGUUUGGGGCACCAUGAACUGCACCCAUUUACUAUGGCAAACUUAACUGUUAAGUGUUGUGGGUUUUCUGACUGUCCUGCUGUUUCCCAUGUCUCUCCCUCUCAUCCAGCCUCACUGUUUCCAGACACAACAAUAUUGAAAUUAGGCCAAUUAAUAACCCUACAAUGGCCUCUUAAGUGUUCAAGCAAAAGGAAGGGCUUCAUGUCUCUGACUUUAAAUCGAAAACUAGAAAUGACUAAGCUUAGUGAGGAAGGCACGUCAAAGCUGAGAAGAGAGAAGCUGAAAGCUAGGCUUUUUACUCCAAACAGCGAAGUUGGGAAGGCAAAGGAAAUUAAAAGGGAACAUAUGAAUGAUGAGAAAGGGAAACAACCUUAGUGCCGAUAUGGACAAGGUUUUAAUGGUCUAGAUAGAAGAGCAAGACAGCUCUUAAACUGGUUAAACAUUUCCUUAAGCCAAAGCUUAAUCCAGAGCAAGACCCUCUCUUCAACUCUUUGAAAGCUGAGAGGGGAAGAAGUUGCAGAGGAAAGGUUGGAUGCUAGCAGUUUGGUUUGUGAGGCUUAAGGGAAGACCUUUCUCCAUAACACAAGGUGAGGUAGCAAGUCCUUAAGAAAAUCUAGGUAAGAUAAUUCAGGAGGGUGCCUAUACUAAACAACAGAUUUUCAGUGGAGAUGAAACAGCCUUCUAUAGGAAGGAGAUUACAGUAGGACUUAAAGAGUUAGAAAAGUCAGUGCCUGGCUUCAAAGCUUCAAAGGACAGGCUGUCUCCCUUGCAAGGAGUUGAUGCAGCUGGUGACUUGAAGUUGAAGCCAGUGCCAUUCAUCAUUUUGGAAGUCUUAGGACACUUAAGAAUUAUGCUUAGUCUACUCUUUCUGAGCUCUGUAAGUGGAAAAAGCCUGGAUGACUUUACAGCAUGGUUUGCUGAGUAUUUUAAACCCACUGGUGAGACCUAGUGCUCAGAAAAAAAGGUUCUUUUCAAAAUAUUACUGCUCAUCGACCAUUCGUCCAAGAGGUCUGUUGGAGGUACACAACGAGAUUCAUGUUGUUUUCAUGCCUUUUGACCCAACAUCCAUUCUGCAGUCCAUGGAUCAAGGAGUCAUUUCAAUUUUCAAAUCUCAUUAUUAAACAAGUCUAAUGGUAAGGCUAUAGCUGCCCUAGAUAAUGAUCCCUCUAACGGAUGUGGGAAAGUAAAAUUGAAAACCUUCUGGAAAGGAUUCACCAUUCUAACUGCCUUCAAGAAAAUUUGUAAUGCGUAGGAAAAGGUCAAAAUACCAACAUAAGCAAAACAGAAAAGCAGUUUGGAAGAAUUGAUUCCAGCCCUCACAGAUGACUUGGAGGAAUUACAGACUUCAGUGGAGAGGUAACAUCAGAUACAGUAGAAACAGCAAGAGAACUAGAAGUGGAGCCUGAAUAUGUGGCUAAGUUGCUGCAUCUCAUGAUCAAACUUUGAUGAGGAGGUAUUGCUUAUGGUUGAGCAUGGAAAAUAGUUUCUUGAGAUGGAAUCUCCUCUUGGUGAAGAUGCUGUGAAGACUUUUGGAAUGACAGGAAGGAAUUUAGAAUAUUACAUAAAUUUAUCUGAUAAAGCAGCAGCAGGAUUUGACAAGAUCGACUGGAAGAACUGUGGGCAGAAUGCUAUGAAACAACAUUGCACGCUACAGAGAAAUCAGUCGAGAAAGGCAGGGUCCAUCAUGCGGCCCACUUCAUGGCUGUCAUAUUUUAAGCAACUGCCACAGCUGCUCCAACCUUUACCAGCCGCCACCCCAGUCAAUCAGCGGCCAUCAACAUCGAAGCAACACCCUCCACCAGCAAAAAGACGACAGUUUGCUGAAAGUUCAGAUGGUGAUCAUGGAGGAAUGGGAGCAGUUAUGGCAGAGAGACCUCAGAGUUAAUGACAUAAGCAGUCACGAACAGGAGAAAAAGCUUUUUUUGGUGGUUUUGGCAAAGGCAUCAUCAGCCAUUUCCUGAGGUGUCUGUACCAGCAGAGUGAGCUGGGACGCACAGCACCCAGUCGCUGGUUUUGAUGGCACAAAUUCCUGAGAUAUAUGGGCAGCGGUGGUCCCCACUGCAUUGGCUCAGUGGUAUGUUUGGACUGUAACUCUGGCUGUCUGGCUUCCCUCAGUUCCGAGCUAGGCUGCCCAGUACUCUCAGCGAGUCCAUGGCCUGCCUAAUAAAGUUGCAAUAAUUUCCUUUUCUCUUGAAUAAG